AUGGAGGAAACACAGGUUGUCAUUGUGGGGGGAGGACCCGCUGGCCUCGCCCUGGGGAUGUCACUGGCGCAACACCAGAUUCAUUCAGUCAUCCUGGAGAAGGCGGCAGAGGUGACCACGGAUCCGCGAGGUGUUUGGCUCACAGGGGACGCUGUAAGAAUCCUACACACUUUGGGAAUAGGUCAUGAAAUGGACAAAGUUGGUCACGCGGCGCCACACAUCAACUUUCACCAUUCAACUUUCAACACGACCCCUUUCUACCGGAUGGAUAUAUCCACCUCCAACAGCCUUGAACAGUCUUUACCCGAAGGCUUUCUUCAGAACCAGCCCAAACUAGAGCAUGCGCUGCGGUGCGGCAUCGAGAAUACUAGCUAUUGCUCGCUGCGCACGAAUUGCACGGUAAUAGGAAGGCCCAGUGAGGUGCCACCGGCUAUCGAGUACUUGGAUUCUCAAAAGUCUCUGCGCAUGAUACGAGGGCAGUGGCUCGUUGGCGCCGACGGCAAGACGGGCAUCGUCCGCAAGCACUUCCUGGAGCCUGCGGCUGGGAUUAAGCAAGAAGCCGGUGUCUACCCCUAUGAAGGAGUGUGGGUGGCCGCCAACCUCAAAAUAACCGUCCCGACGCCCGAAACACACCCAAAGUUUCCCCUCUGGAAGUAUGGUUACAGUCCCGAGGAGAUCUACGACCUGUUCUGGCCCGUUGGCUGGCACUUUUGCAGUCCGCCUGGCAGGCCGACCGCGACGGGCAGAUUUGGGCCCCACACCGACCGGACAUGGCGUCACGAGUUCCGCGUCGAUGAGGUCGGAGGCCCGAUAUAUCCGGAAGAGCUCUUCUGGGAACACAUAUCUCAAAGCAUCACCCUUAAGAAGGACCCCGUCCGUGGUCAUCAAUUCGACGAGGCCGUCGAGUAUCCCCGCGACUGUAUCGAGAUCUUGCGAUGUCGACCCUUCAAGUUCGUGCACAAGUGCGUGAACCGGUGGUACGACAAGCGCACUCUCCUGAUCGGCGACGCCGCACACGUGUUCCCGCCGUUCGCCGGACAGGGCAUUGCAAGCGGCGUCCGCGAUGCCCACCAACUUGCAUGGCGGCUCGCCCUGCUCCUCCGCACCAACACAGACCCGGACACAAAUACUGACGUCUUGGAAUCGUGGGCGGCCGAACGCCGUCGCAGUGUGGAUGACGCCGCCAGGAUGUCCAUGGUCUCCGGGACCGUGUGCAACAACCAACCGACCCUCUUUAUUCUGGCACUGGCUAAGCUGCAUGAAUUCAUCAAAUCGGUCCCCAUGCUUCGUGGAUAUGAUCUGGUGGCCCGGCAGGAGCGUCGUGGUUUCCGCGGCGUUCCUGGCGGUUUCUUUGUCGAGGCCUACAACGGCGGUGCCCGACUGGCUCAGAUACAUGUUCUCUCUUCACUCAGCCAGUCGCCAAUUUUGUCCGACGACCUACUCCGCCAGAGCGGUACCAUCUUCACGGUUCUGCUCAUCGGCAACGGUAAUUCAGAAGACACGAAUGAGUUAUAUAUGGAUGCCAAAGAUGCUAUAUCGGCAGCAUCUUUGAACCCCAACGUCUUGACAGAGGAAUCUAUCGUCAUCUACGACCCACUGAGCGGAGAGUCGCAAACCAACUGUGAGCUCUCAGAAGAAGAACAGAACAAAGCGGAAUCGCAUCGGGAGAUCUUCUCACCUGUACCGACUUCUGGACUUGAGUUACCCCGGGCUUCUGGGUACAACAGCACAUCGUAUCUUGCUCGCCUGGGCCCUUCUACCAAGUUCGUGAUCGCGCGUCCAGAUAUGUUCGUGUUUGCAUGCGCAGGGAGUAAGAAAGAGUUGACUUACUGCUUGGAUCAACUUCGGGAACGUCUUGGUUGA